ACUAGCCAUCUUAUCAGCAUCGAAUCAUAUCAGGAGUUGAGCGCAGGUGAGCCUUUCCCCGCGAUUAGAGCCCGGAAUUCCGGUCGUUCCUGCAGCGAUUAUCACAGGCUAUCGUCAUGGUCCUGACUAGCGACUUGAGAACGGGAGCAGUGUAUACCGUGGUGGAAUAUAAAAGGAGGGCCAUGGCAUGGUGAGACGUCAGGAAGCCUUCAAUUGACCAUUACCUGGUUAUCUUUCUUCAAUCGGACUCCGAGAUCUCUGUUGCCUGUCAACAUGCGUGUUUCUCUCUCCACAGUGCUCACCGCAGCCUUGGGCCUCGCCUCCUCCAGCGAUGCUCUCAAGAUUCUCAUGGGCAAUGACGACGGUUUCGGUAGCGGUAAUCUGCGCGAACUGUACAAGCUGCUCAAAGACGCUGGACACGAAGUCCUUGUAGUCGCACCCGCACAGCAACAGUCCGGCAAAGGCGGAACUGUCAUCUGGGCAGAGAGCGCCAACCUCACCGUUGCAUCGCAAUACAACAUCGUGCCCGCCGGAUCGCCGUCCGUCGGCCGCGAUCCCUUAGAUGAGGACAUCUGGUACUACGACGGCACGCCCGCCGCUUGUACCUUCGUUGCGCUCGACUACGUGCUGCCCCGAUACUACCCCGAGUGGCACCAGAGCGCGGACCUGUUCGUCGCAGGCCCCAACUAUGGCACCAACCUGGGCGCGUUCGUCAUGGGUUUGUCCGGCACGGUGGGCGCGACCUUCGCCGCGGUCUCGCGCAGCAUCCCCGGCAUCGCCGUCAGCGCGAGCAACAAAGCGGUCCCGUUUUUCAACGUCACCGGCGCGGGCCACCCCGCUGCGCUCGCGGCGAAGGUCUCGUUCGAGGUCGUGAACGAGUUCAUCGAGAACACGGUUAAGGGCCAGGCGGUUCUGCCGCUCGGGUAUGGCGUUAAUGUUAACAUUCCGCCGCUUGUCAACGGCACGACGCCGCCUGUUGUCAAGACUAGGCUGACGGGCAAUGCGAAUACCGAUGUGGCUGUGUUCAACGAGACGACUGGGCUGUUCGACUGGGACAACAUUGAUCCCGUGGCGGCUGGCAUCAACGCAGCGUACAACGGCGACACGAGUCUGCCGGGCGAGACGUGGGUUGUUGCUGGUGGCGGCGUCAGUGUUUCGGUUUUCACAAUGGACUUCACUGCGCCAGAGACCAAGUACACUGAGUUGGUGUUUAGCAAGGUGAAGAACUUGUUCAGCGGUGGCAACGAGACACAGUACAGUAAGAGGAUGAUGGACGAGCGGAUGAGGAAGAGGGGUGUGAUGAUGACUGGACGUGAUGUGUUAUAGAUAUCGUAUACAUCCUGAGAUACA